AUGGACAAAUACCUCCGAGUGUGGCGGCAAGACGCUCUCAACAAGGGCCAGCAUGAUGCCGCCAUCUAUAUUGGAGACAAGGUCCUUGCUCUGACGAACAAUGACGCCGACGCCUUCUGGCUGGCUCAAGUCCAUUUUGGCCACAACAACUUUACCCGUGCUCUGGCUCUACUGCUCCGCAAGGACCUGAUCAACCGAAGUCUCUCGUGUCGAUACCUUGCUGCCCAUUGUUACGUCAAGCAAGGAAGAUACGACCAAGCCCUCGCCAUUCUCGGCGAGGAAAAUCCUACCCACUUGAUCACCGCUUCCCACAAUGCCAGAAGAAAGCUGGCACAUAUCAAUGGCCACUCCCAGAGGAAUAUCACACAAAGAGGAGGCAAAGCCCAGCGAGACAGGAUCGAGUUCAGCGAAGAAAGAGAACGAGACAGAGAGUCAGAAAAAGAACUCAAAUUCCAGGCGGGCAUGUGCUAUCUACGCGGCUUGUGUUUUGCGAAACGCAAUGCCUUUGACCGGGCACGCGACUGCUACAAGGAUGCCGUUCGAAUAGACGUGCAGUGCUUCGAAGCUUUUGAUCAGCUUAUGAAGAACUCCUUGAUGUCCCCUUCCGAGGAGUUGGCCUUUCUCGAAGAACUCGAUUUCGACUCAAUACGCAUCGAAGACCAGUCUCUGGCUCAGGAAGCCGCUCACUUCACGAAGCUCUUGUACACCACUCGUUUGUCCAAAUAUUCGGCCCCCGAAACCCUAGCAAAUGCCGCUGAAACCCUCUCAACCCACUACAACCUGGCCUCCAAUCCAGACUUGCUGUUGACUCGAGCAGAGACCCUCUACACCCAGUGUCGUUUUCACGAUGCCCUUGCAAUCACCACGAGCAUCCUCAACUCGCAAAACAGCCCUGAUGGCUCGGCCGACGCCUCAUCAAGCAACACCAACGCCUCGCUCGGUCACAGUCCGCGCCUCUAUCCCCUGCAUCUCGCCGUUCUCCACGAGACUGGAUCUCACAACACCCUCUUCCAUCUCUCUCACACUCUAGCAGCUCACGCCCCUCACGAAUCAUACACUUAUCUGGCUAUUGGCACGUACUAUCUAUCAACCUACCGCAUCCCUGAAGCACGCCGGUUCUUUUCAAAAGCAUCGCUCAUGGAUCCACACUCGGCUGCGGCGUGGAUCGGAUUCGCUCAUACGUUUGCCGCCGAGGGCGAACAUGAUCAGGCCAUUGCUGCAUAUUCGACAGCCGCAAGAUUAUUCCAGGGGAGCCACCUGCCCCAGCUGUUUCUAGGCAUGCAGCACUUGGCUCUAAACAACAUGCGGCUGGCUUGGGAAUACUGCCUCGCAGCAUUCCAAAUGAGUAGCGGCACGCCCAACUCAGGCUCGGAGGAUGAUUUGGCAAACAUGAUAUUCAAUAACACUGCUAGUCUAGGUGGAGACCCUCUGGUACUCAACGAAAUUGGCGUGAUAUUGUACCACCAGUCGAAUCUACCGGCGGCUGCAAAGCUAUUCCACAAGUCUCUCCAACUCGCUUCAGAAUUGGGUUGCAACAUGACCGCAUGGAUCGCAACAAGAGCAAAUCUAGCACAUUCACUCAGACGAAUGGGAAGAUUUGAGGAGGCACUUGCCGAAUUUGACGAAUGCUUGAGAAUAGCUACAGGGGGAGCAGCUCCUUCGUCAGCUUACGAGCCAGGACGUGGAAUGACAGCCUUUGCCCAUCUCAGUCUCGCCGGCACCGGCACAAGUCUCAGUCCUAGCGGAGCAGUUAGCGGCUAUGACGAGCGUAAUCUUAUUGGAAGUAUCCACACCAGUCGCGGUUUGGUCCUUCUCAGCAUCGUGGGGCGCACGAAAGAGGCGGUAAUGGCUCUUCACGAGGCUGUACGAGUCCUUGGUGGCGAUGCCGGCGGUGGUGGUGUGGCUGGAACGUUGCUGAGUCGCGCGUUGCAGUUCUGGUCCCUAGAAGGGAGUCCGGCUCUCAACGGCCUCGCAGGCGCAUUACAGCAAGGAUCACCUGAACCUACAUCAAAAGUCGGCACAAGGUCGAAGCGCAGAGGAAACGAAGCUGCAGCAUCAACCACGACAACGGGACAAAUGAGUAACGAAGAGAAAAUCGAGCAACGAAUGGACGGGCAUGCGGCUGAGAUUUUGAAUGCUGCUUUGGGUUCUGUACGAUAA